ACCACAGAGAGUUAUUGCUCUUGAAGGAAAUCUCGAUAUUCCACGACCUAACGCAAUUGGUCCAGUGAAUGGAGAACUUUCACUUUAUCUGAAUAAACUUAAAGACCCUAAUCAAAAAACAAGCGUCAUGCUCUCUGUUAACCCUACAUAUAGCAACCAAAAGGCAGCCGUACAAGCUUAUCUUAAAUUUAUGCAUCCUGGUGUUAAAACUAUGCUAGUUAGUGGAAAUGCAAACUUUGAUGGUGCCGUACGUAAUGGUGACUUCCAUUUGAAAUUAGAUGUUUUUGCAACAACUGCUCAGAGCCUCGAAGUCCGAGGAGUAUUAAAUAGCCUCAACUUAGGCGAUCGCGGUGUGAAUGUAACUUCUGAAUUGAACGUAUUCAAUAAGGAACGUUCUCUUGACUUUGCUGUUAAUCAACAUUUUGCUGUAACUGACAAGGACUUCGGAAUUGGUUCUAUGCUUCAGUGUCGCCAUGAUCCAACUAAAUCUGCUGGAUUCCUUAUUUCUGCCAAUUUACAUCAAGUUGAAUUAUUAGUACGUUCUCCUUAUGGUGAUUUGGUUCACGUCAACUCGAAAUUAGAUUUGAAUGAGAAAUAUCAGAAGAUUGACUCAGAAGUUACUACUAUCGGUGUUCCUCCAAUGAAAUAUACAAUUGAAGCUAGCGACUUCAAUACAUUGAAGUACACUGCUGGUCGCCAAGAUUCCCCACAAAAAUACUUGCAAUUCGUAAGCAGUCUUGUCCUCGGAAAAGCCGGUGAAGUUCGCGCUGAAGUAAUUGACAACCGCAACCGUCGUGACUUGUUCCACAGCUCUGUACUUCUUGAUGAUGCUAAUUUCUUGAAAACAGACUUUGGUGUUAAUACCGAAAACAUUAAAGCUCAUUUGGAAAAUAUUCGCGGUGAAGCUAAGCAAGCUGGCGAAAAUCUGAAAAAUACAAUGAAAACUGCAGCUGACGAUAUCCAAGCUCGUGUACAGAGAUUCACUGAUACAGCCAAGAAAUACGUACCUGACUUCAAACCAUUAGCUGAAGAUUAUCAAAAACAACUUAACCAAAUCAAAGAAGAAUUGUUGGCAGAUAAAUCCAUUAAAGAAUUUGCUGAAUUCUUGUGA